AUGUCAGGCGCCAACUCGUCCUCCUUCGACAACGACGGUGACAGUCUUAUGCAGUCUGGCAAUUCGUCCCCCAAGCCGAGCACUCCCAACUCCCAGAUCCGCUCCAUCGCCAUCUCCGACCUCUCGCCCCCAGACUCCCAAGGCGUGCCUCAUCCUCCCUCGGAGACUAUGCCCACUGUCGCUCCAUCUGCUUCCGGUGCCAACAUUAACGGCAAACGCCCCAUCUCUUCCAUCGACCACUCUCAAGAAUUGCAGGGUGGUGUUUCCCUCAGCGCUGCUAUUCCUACCGAUACGCAGGUCAGGGCCAGCGCUGCUACCACAUACCACUGGACUCAAGCUGAGGAUGCGCCUGGAUAUGCCUGGAAGAACAAAAAGGCUCAGGACGACUGUAGCCGCGCCUGGGACGCUCUUGUCGACAAGAACCGCAGCAUCGGCAACAAAUACGGCGAUCCCUAUGCCAUGGCCGACCGCGAACUCGCCCACAUGAACUCGCGCCACCAGUAG